UACCCAUAGUCAACCCAAAAGCACUCACCAAAUACAACCUUAUUUUGGGAUCCAAAGAAUAUACUAUAAAAAUUAGUACACUCACACACACUCUUUCCUUACUUUUUCAUGUCAAACUCCCCCAAUCUCUCUCUUACUCUUACUUUUCCCCCUCUUCCACGGUACUUUCUUGUCGGCAUUCCCCAACUAAAAUCUCCACUUUUUUGCAGUUAAACUCUGUCCUCACUUUCUUUACAAAACAGAGAUUCAUUCUUCCUUCCUAAAUAUUAUUGCUUCUUCUACUUCAUAAAUCAGAAAGAUUUUGCAUAAAUUAGAUUCUCUUAAAUUCCUACCCCUUCUUUUUCUCUUUUAUCCAAGAUUUUAUUUUCCCCUUUUAUCUACCACUUUUGAAGAUCUUGAGACAGAGGGUUUGUUAAAGGGAAAAAAAAAAAAAAAUCAAAGAAAGGGUAGGUUGUAUACUUGGCAUGUGAUGAUUAAUGUGAUGAAUCCCAGCAAAGAAUCCAUGAAAGAGGUAGAAAGUUGUUUAGAUCGUCAGUUAUGGCAUUCUUGUGCAGGAGGUAUGGUCCAAAUGCCAGAAAUAAAUUCCAGAGUAAUUUAUUUCCCACAAGGUCACAUAGAACAUGCUCAAGUUAAUAGUAUUGAUCUAAAAAAUUACCCAAAAAUACCCCCAUUAAUUCCAUGUAGAAUUUCUGGGAUUAAGUACUUAGCUAAUCAAGAAAAUGAUGAAGUUUAUGCAAAGAUUAGAUUAGCACCUUUAAGAGGAAAUGAUUUUGAUGAUGAAGAUGGGUUUAUUGGGAGUAAUUAUGAUAUGGAAGGGUCAGAAAAACCUGCAUCUUUUGCAAAAACAUUGACACAAUCUGAUGCUAAUAAUGGAGGGGGAUUUUCGGUACCACGAUACUGUGCUGAAACUAUUUUUCCUAGGCUGGAUUAUUCAGCAGAACCCCCAGUUCAGACUAUCCUUGCUAAGGAUGUUCAUGGGGUGACCUGGAAAUUUCGGCAUAUUUACAGGGGGACGCCUAGAAGGCAUCUUUUAACAACUGGUUGGAGUAAUUUUGUUAAUCAGAAGAAGCUUGUUGCUGGGGAUUCGAUUGUAUUCCUUAGGGCGGAUAAUGGCGAUUUGUUUGUAGGGAUUCGGAGGCCUAAGAGGGAGAUCUUACAUUGUGGUGGAUCUUCCUAUGGAGGAGGAUUUGGUGCUUUUCUUAGGAGUGAUGAGAAUAGAUUGGCUCGAAACUUUGAGGGUAUUGGGUCUAACAGUGGUAACAAUGAGAAAUUGAGAGCGGAAUCUGUGGUUGAAGCUGCGAAUCUUGCUGCUAGUGGUAAGGCAUUUGAAGUAGUUUACUAUCCUAGAGCAAGUACACCUGAAUUCUUUGUCAAGACUGGAGCUGUAAGGGCGGCGAUGCAAGUGCAGUGGUGUGCAGGAAUAAGAUUUAAGAUGGCAUUCGAGACUGAGGAUUCUUCUCGAAUCAGCUGGUUUAUGGGGACUAUUUCUUCUGUUCAAGUUGUUGAUCCUAUCCAUUGGCCUAAUUCACCUUGGCGCCUUCUUCAGGUUGCUUGGGACGAACCUGAUCUACUCCAAAAUGUCAAGCGAGUGAACCCAUGGUCGGUUGAAUCAGUGACAAACAUGCCACAGAUCCAUAUGUCUCCAUUUUCGCCUCCUAGAAAGAAGCUAAGGCUUCAUCAAGUCCCUGAAAUCCCUUUCGCUGACCAACUUCACAUGCCAGCAUUUCCUAGCAGAGCCUAUGGACCUAACGGCUCGUUAUUUGGUUUAGCAGAGGUCCCUGCAGGUGUACAGGGAGCCAGGCAUGCCCAUUUCAGACAAUUUUUGUCAGAUCAUAUAAACAAAGUAAAUUACUCUAGUCUUCUUUCCAAUGGACCAGAGCUGAAAUAUCACCACGGUGGCUUCUCAGCAAAAAAGCCGAUAGUCAGGGAAAACUUAUCAUCAUUCCUUACAAUGGCAACUCUCCAAGAGAGUCCUAAGGAGAACGAUAUGCCAACACCGAAGUUUAUGCUGUUUGGAAAGCCCAUUCUAACUAAGCAGCAAAUCUCCGAAAGCUCUUCCAGUGAUUCAGCAAGAACUGCAUCAGACAGCAAUGCAGACAGGAUGGGAAACUCAUCUGAUGAUUGUAACGAUACAUCAUUGAACAAGUCCUCUGGUGAAGGAUUUCCCUGCAAAGUUUUCAUGGAUUCUGAGGAUGUUGGCAGAACUCUCAGCCUUUCGGCCCUCGGUUCUUGUGAUGGCUUGUAUAAGAAGAUCGCGCAACAUGUUUGGCAAGGAAAGGUCCUAGAAGCCGAACAAUGUGCUCUCUAGACAUCAUAGCCUAGCUUAUUGUCGCGGCUAAAUCACCACUUAGCUUACUGUCAACAUUUUGGAAACAAGCUCUGUGAUGUUCUGACAGAAGCAUUUGUGGACUUGUGGUUACGAAUUAAUCUCGCGUUUUUUUUAAAUUUUCUUUGGGGAUACUUAUAAAUUAUCAGUUAUGUAUUUUACUUCAAGGCGUACAAGAUAUCGAAUCUGCAAGUCGUUUUGUAAAGGAAACGGCUCCUAUCCAUUUCUGGGUUAGUGACCCUGAAAUGGCAAGGAGCCCAUUCCGCACCUUAAUUGUAAGAAUUUCAUUAGUGAACUCUCUUAUUGAAGUUUAAAUCUUUGCUAAA